ACAUAUGUCCAAAAUACAAAGUGUAUAGUAUAUUUUUUUAUAAAAUAUAAAUAUAUUAAUAACAUAUCUUCACAUGCUUUUUUUAUAAAAUAUAAAUAUAUUAAUAACAUAUCUUCACAUGCUUUUUUUAUAAAAUAUAAAUAUAUUAAUAACAUAUCUUCACAUGCUCAACUUUAAAUUCUUCUAAAAUAGGUGCUUUUAUAUUUUUCACUCCAUGAAAUGGUUACUUGUUAGAUAAAGUGUUGUCACUUUGCAGUCAUUGGAUUGACGUAGUUCUCAUUGUUAGUAAACGGUAUAUGAUCUACGAUUUAACCUUUUUCAACAACUCGAGUUAUUGGGAUCAACGAGUUCUUGACAUGUUAUUUGAGUCUUCUGUAACUGAAAGGUUUUGUGUUCGAAUUCCGAUAACCGCCAUUGGUAAACACAUGGUGUCUGGUUCCUGUGCAAAUUUCAAACCUAUAUAAGUGGAUUUCUUUUGAAGGUUAUGUUAGUAAAUGUUGAUAUGACUUGAAUCGGAUUAUCAGCCGCUACGACUGGUAAUCGGGGGUCUCGCUGACCGGUCAGCGAGUGGGGUCCAGGGGCAACGCCCCGUGGGGGUGCGGGGGCAACGCCCCCGGCCCACGGUGUAUGGGCUCAAUGUUAUUUGGGUUCGGGUUCUGGGCCUGGUCUGUAACCGUUUCCUUUGCCAGAUUGGAUUAGGUUUAGACCCACAUGGAGAAGUACUAUAAAUACUUCUCAUACUCCUCUGUAAUCUGUAAUCUCCUCAAUAUAGUGAAACUGGCUCUCUCUCGCCCGUGGACGUAGCUAACACACAUCGUGUUAGUGAACCACAUAAAUCGUGUAUCGUGUUUUUCGAUUCUCGCUUUCGUAUUCUUGCUUUGUCGAUUCCUGCGAUUUUCCGAUCCGUAGCAGCGCGUUUAUAACAGUAAACAUAUGAUAAACACCUAAGUUAAUAUCGAGCAGACAAAUCAUAACUCAUUUAUAAAAAAAAAAAAAAAACCCCCAUAAAAGUAAGAUAUAUAAAUCAAGGGCAGUGAUCACUCAUUGUCACUCUGCAAUCUUUCUUAUACUAAUUGCUAAUGGGGCCAAUUCCAUAGUACCUUGAUAUUGAUAUAUCGCACCACGUCAUCCUGACCACUAUUAUUGUCUCAUUUUUCCAAACGAACCAAAAAAGAAGGGGGAAAAAGCAAUUCCGACCAAUAAACUUGCAAGUUGCACCCCACAAUUAAAAUUUCACACCAAAUUCUACGGCAGAUGAGCUAACCAAAUUACUGUUUACACACCCUUUUAAUUAUUUAUUACAAUUUACUCCCCUCUUUUCUUUCCCCCAUAAACACCGAUCACAAGUUCAAACCAGGGAGCCACAUCACUCAGUUGUCUUCCACUUCACUCUUCCAUUUCCUACUCAGAAAAGAAAGAGAGAGAGAGAGAGAGAGAGAGAGAGAGAGAGAAAAAAAAUGCUGCCGGCAACCUCUUCUUCCUCUGCUUUCUCCUCCCCUUCUCCGCCGGCGAGACCUCUCACCGCCGGGAAAUCCAUGGAAGACCUCUGGCAGGGUAUCAAUCUGGGUUCCCUCCGGCCGCCAAGUACAGCCGAUUCCGGCGCCAUCCACUUCGGAAUCCUUCCGGCCGCCGGCGACCGGUACCAGCCGCAGCCAGAGCCCAUUUGUCCAAAUCCUCUGCCUUCCCCUGUUCUUCCCUGCUUCGGCACUAGUUUCCACCCUCCUCUUGUUUUCCCUUCCCACGGGAAGAGAUCGAGAGCCGACGGCGGCGGAGGAAAAGGCGGGGAGCAGUGGCAGAAGCGGAGGAUGAAGAACAGGGAAUCUGCUGAUCGGUCCAGAGCUAGAAAACAGGAAACUUCCUCUGCUUACACUCAGGAACUGGAGAAUGAAGUCGGUCGCUUGAAGAUGGAGAAUGCCAAGCUCAGAUCCACACUGAAGGAAGAAGAGUACUUAGCUGGGGUGGGCGACCAGCUGCCUAAAAAGAACACUCUUUGUAGAACCUUAACAGCUCCAUUUUAAGAAGUAAGAAAUCCCCUCUCCCUCUCUCUUCUUACUACUUUUGGGAUAUGUGUCAAUCAGUACCUAAAUCAAAUUUUAUUACCACUUCAGUCCCUCAAAUUGUAUUGUUUCAGCAGUCUGGUUCGUCUAUAUAUUCAAGUAGACCCUUUAUUUGGUGGAGUAAUUUUACAAUGCUAUAUAGUAUUGGUGCUAUAGGUUUUUACAUUUAUGGUACAACUUGAAAUUGUAUUUUUAAUGUUAUGGUACAACUUCAUAUUGUACCUAUACUUUUGUACAAAUUCUUUUAUGGUACAACUUAAACUUGUACCUUAUGUGAUAGUACAACUUCAAGUUGUAAAGUUAUACCAUAACAUAAUGAUACAAAUUCUUUUAUGGUACAACUUAAACUUAUACAUUUAAUGUUAUUGUACAACUUCAAGUUGUACAUUAAAGCACCAAUACUAUAUAGCAUAGUAGAAGUGCUCUUAUUUGGUGUACUGGAAAUUUGCACACAAUUAUCAUUUGUGUUCACUUCUUGCCUCUCUUCCACAUGAAGAACAUGCAUUCGCUCCUGUAUUCGAUAGCCGUCGUUAAUCUAUCUAAGUCGUUUAGGUCUAACCAUUCAUAUAAUACAAGGUGGUGGUGCAAAAUUUACGAAGGACAAGGUGCGAUAGAAAGUUACUUAUAGAUAACGGAAGUUAUUUGUGUUGUUCUAACGUGAUUGUUUUAAAUUUCUGCGAAUUUUAUUAAGAACUGACUCUUUUCAUGUGAUAGUUUUCACUCGAUUCUUGUUACAAUAUUGAGCCAGAACUUAACUAGAAAAGUCUCAUAUGACCAAGUAAACAUACUGAAAAUUUACAUGAUUUUCCAUUUCUGGGAACACAGGAUCUAUAUCAUGAAAGGAAAUGGGAAACAGAGGAAUCAAUCCAAGGGGUGAAAAAGUUGGCUUCUUUUUGUUUGUACAUUUUCAGAAAGGACCAAUCAUGAGCCCUAAGCUAGGCCCACCCACCAGAGUUGGGAAGAAGAUAACAUUUUCUUCUUUUUUUUUGUGGCCAUUUUUUCUAGGGUGCAUCCAAUGAGAUUAACCCUUGUGGGGGAAUGAUGGUGAUGGUGAAAGGCUUCCAAAAGGCCUCGAUUUCAAUUUGGGUAGGGGCCUGGUUUUGUCUGGCCAUAAGUGAAAAUGUAAAGGUGGGAUGUGCUUUUAGUUGUUUUUUAGGCUUCAAUUUUCAGGGUAUGUUAUCUAGCAUAUAUCCUAAAAAAAAACAAAAACAGAAGAAGAACAAGAAAAGUAAGUUGUGAGUGGUUGAAAAUUUUGUUAUCCUUGACACCGUUCCUAUCGCAUUUGGAUACGAGUUAAUGUGAGGUUUUAUAAAAUGAAUCAUGUUGA